AGGCUGUCAAUACAGCAGUGGCAUCAUUGAAGACAUGGGCUCUUGGAAAGGUUGGCAUGAAAGCAGCAGCGCAUGGGAACGCUGGCCAGGAGUCCCAGGAGGGCGGCGGCGGUGAGGAAGCAGGAACAGAGGUGCCUGCGAAAGUGUCAGAACCCGAGCCUGGGAGCGUGGAAGAAAAGCUGCAUGAUCAGAGAGUACGCAGGUUGAGGAUGAGAGCUUCGCUUAUUCAGGCAGAGGCGAACUUAAUCAUGGCGUUGCUGUACGUUGCGGGAGGUGGAGAGGGAUGGACGAACAUCCUGAAAGCAGGCUACUACAUCAAAAAGGCAUGGGAUUCUUAUUGCCUAGUUGAACAGAAACUUAGUCAGAUCAUCCAAGAUAAGCUUUCCCCUGGGGACCACCAUGCAGAUGAUGCAGUCAAGCAUGCGGGCGCCGUAGAUCUUAGCUCUGGCGUCAAUCAGCGUAAACUCGAGGGUGAGCAGUCACCGAGAAAAACGAUCGACCCUUCCGCAUUAUUGCCCUUUUCAGAUGACAUGGGUGGAGCUCACGGUGAUGACCUUAGCGCUGUUGGAAAAAUGGACAAAGACGAGUCCCUAUCGAGCGGGUUGAGGUGGAUUAGAAAGCCAUCCCAUGAUUAUGGUGAUGACUUCGAAAUCGAUUUGAAAUUCGGAAAAGUCAGAGCUGCAGAUUCCGAUGACCCACAGUGUCCUUCUACUCCUGGAAAAUGUCCCCCAAAAGAGAAGAGUCAUGAGAAGGGCGAUGCAGUUGGACUCGCUUAUGUGGGCGCAAUGUGGGACCGACUAAAGGACAAAGUUUCUCGAGAUGGUAGUCCGAGGGAGACCAACGGUGCAAAACAGCAAGCGUCAGGCCAAGGAGAGGAAACAGUUGUUGAGGAUGCCGAGCUUGCUUCCUUACGAGCAGGGGUGGAGUUCGGGGGGGGGUUGUUCAACCUAAUGCUGUCCUUGAUCCCUCCCUCGCUGCGGAACCUGACAGAGUUCUUGGGAAUGCCCAACGACAGGGCCACAGGCUUGGAACUGCUCGAGAAAGUUGCAUUCCUAGAGUCGACACGAGCCCCUCUGGCUUCCCUCAUCUUGCUGCAAUAUUACAUAUCUAUCAUGUCAUUUCUGCCACGGCAAUGGUCAUACACUGACAAAUCUGGCCGGCUUUUGAAUGCACUGCAUGACAACAUUCGGCAUGGUCCAAUCUUCGAGAUCAUGCGGGUGAAGUUGAUGCGGUACGACGGCGCACUGCCUGCAGCAACUGAAAAGUUCAAAGGGAUAUUCGAUGGUCAAGACAGGAUUGAUGAUCACCCAAGCAGACCUGCUGACACACCACCAGUGUCAGUGGCAAUGCGUGUUAUGUCGCUGCAUGAGUUUGGCUGGUGUUGCCUCUUGCUUGGGGAAUAUGAGAAGGCAGCAGAGUAUUUCAGCUCCCUUUGUCAGAGAUCUCCAUCUUGGAAGGCAUAUUAUCUUCUGAUGCAGUCCAUAUGCCUCUGGGAGGCAGGCCCACAACACCAUGGUCAAGCGGCGGACCUCCUCAGGGAAAUUCUACAGCACACCAAAAAGAGCAGCAAGUCGCCACCAGUUGAGCAGUACGCAGCACGUAUUGCUAAUCAAUUCACUACAACAUUGCAGGCACCUCUGUUUCCAGCGCUGGAGCUGGUGGCAGUAUCGAACGGCUUCCAGCAAAUGGAUGAGGGAACCCUUCAGCUACAUACAGCAAGGAUAGAGGAGGCCAUUCAUGGACGUUGCCAAUCGGAGAGAUGGUUGGGACCAGCCUUUUACAGUGAGGGGCAGGACGUGAAAGGCAAGAUGCCUAUUGACAACGAGGAUGACAACAACAGUACUUUGAAUCUGGACGACGAGUUGCCCACUUCCCUCGAUGAGAGAAAUAAUGCUACUUCAGAAAAGAGCACCGGAGCAGCAGCAGCAGGAGGAGGGGGGGGAGGAGGAGGAGGAGGAGGAGGUGCAGCACGUGGAGUUAUGGGACUGACAAAAGCAUUCUCAAAAGUCCUGCAUGUGGGCAGCAACACCAAAGAUGUACCCUCUGCGGACUCAGAUGUCUCGCGGGAAACAUCGAAGUACAAGAUCGUGCUACAAGAUGGGACGAUUGUAUACAGGCAUGAAUGGUCAGACAUGAGUAAACUUCUCUGCAGUGCACCUGCAGCAGCUUCAGUUGAGACCUUUUGUGAACAUCCCAGUAUGGGGACUGCGCGGGCAGCAUCCUUCUGUUAUGAGGAUCCUGACCCGGAUCAGGAACCAGAGCAGUCUGAGCUUCAGGCUAUUGCUGCUUUUUUCUUUCAUCUGAAAGAACAAAAGCGAAGCAAAUCUGAUGUCAUCCUACUUCGGCCCCUGAUCAACCACAACCGGAUCAAGGGGCUGUUGGACUGUGGAGCCACCAGGAACUUCAUGUCUCCCAGUGCAGUCAAGAAACUGUAUUUGGGCAUGAAAGUUGUGCAGCUGCAGCAACCGCUGCAGGUCAGGAUAGGUGACUCCACUGUACUAACCAUCAGGGAGAAGGUCAGGGGCAUACCUGUUACCUUCGACAGUGCUGGGGAAGUCAGACAUAGUCUGAACUUCUACAUAUUCCCUGAUCUACCCUUUGAUCUGGUAUUCUCCAUGCAGUGGCUGAAAGCAGUCGACCCAAGGAUCGACUGGCAGAUCCCCAAGGUUGAGCUGCCUGACAGCAAGGGGGUGUAUCAGCCAUGCAUGAUUGCUGCUGAACACCACCCUAAGACUUCAUGCUUCUGCCUGAGAGCGAGGGAGUUCUAUGCUCUCUCCCGCCAGUAUGACCAUGAGCGUCUGUUCUUAGCUCUGGUCAAGCAAACGAACGCUCCCAUUGUUGUUUGUCCUCCUGAGAUACAGCAAGUAGUUGACCAGUAUGCUGAUCUGAUGCAGGAGCCCGUUGGACUACCCAACCGGCCAACCAAGCAUCACAUCGAGCUGCUGCCUGGAGCGGUCCCUCCCAAGGGCCGCAUCUACAGGAUGUCCCCUGCUGAGCUUGAGGAGCUCAGAAAACAGCUUGAGACCCUGACCAGCAAAGGCUGGAUCAGACCCAGCACAUCUGAAUUCGGUGCACUUGUUCUCUUUGUGCCCAAAGGGAACGGCGAGUUCAGGAUGUACAUUGACUACAGGGGUCUCAACAAGAUCACUAGGAAGAGCACUGAGCCACUUCCUAGGAUCGACGACCUGCUGGACAUGGUUCAGGGAUGCACGAUCUUCAGCAAAGUCGAUCUCAAAUCUGGCUACCACCAGAUUGAGAUGGCAGAGGAGGAUGUCUACAAGACAGCCUUCAAGACCAGAUAUGGUACUUACGAGUAUCUGGUCAUGCCAUUUGGACUUUGCAAUGCACCUGAUCUGUUGUAUACCUACAACAGAGGGGAGGAGCGCUUAUGCAUUCCUGAGGAUCAGCAACUUAGGACACUGCUGAUGUCAGAGUGCCAUGACGCGCGUGGAAACUUUGGGUUCUUAAAGUCGUAUGCAGCCCUGUCGCAGCGCUUCUUCUGGAAGGAGAUGCGGAGUGAGAUGCUGCGCUACGUGGAAACCUGUGAGCUAUGUCAGAGGAACAAGGUUCAACGGAAACCUCCUCUAGGACUGCUCAAACCCUUACCCAUACCUGAUGGCCCUGCCCAGUCUGUGUCCAUUGACAUUACAGACUUAGGCAAGACCACCCCUCAUGGCAUGCGUCAAGUUAUGGUUUGCGUCGACAUGUUCUCCAAAUACACAGAGUUCAUCCCCUUACCAGAGGUGGCGAGGGUCCCGGCUGUGAGAGCAGCCUUUUUUGAGAGGUGGGUCACUCACCAUGGGCCGCCCACUUCCAUCGUCAGUGACCGAGAUCCCCGAUUUUGCAGCGAAGAGUGGCAGUCCUAUUGCAAGGAUUAUCUGCACUCUCGCUUGGACAUGACUUCUGGUCGACAUCCUGAAGCCAAUGGUCAGGCUGAAGUGAUGAACCAAGUCCUGUUCCAGCUACUGCGUCCUGUCAUCUCGCCAGAUCAACAGGACUGGGAUCUCCAUCUGGCUCGUGCACAGCUUAUGUAUAAUAUGUUUGUCCAUUCCUCGACUGGGUUCAGUCCUUAUCGAUUACAUUGAAAGGUAGUUUUCGCCGUUCACCUCGCCUGCACCCCUAGC